GCGCGGCCGGCCAAUGGAGAGGCGGGUGCGCUCCGAGCCGUGCCGGCGGCGGCGGUGACAAGAUGGCGGUGGCGGGCCGCGGGGCCGCGGCCGUGAAGCCCAUCUUCAGCCGGGACCUGGGCGAGGCGAAGCGGCGCGUGCGGGAGCUGUACCGGGCCUGGUACCGCGAGGUGCCCAACACGGUGCACCUGUACCAGCUGGACAUCACGGUGAGGCAGGCGCGGGAUAAGGUGCGGGAGCUGUUCGUGAAGAACGCCCACGUUACGGACCCGCGGGUGAUAGACAUGCUGGUGAUUAAGGGAAAAAUGGAUCUUCAAGAAACCAUUCACGUAUGGAAGCAGAAGACUCACAUCAUGAGGUAUUUCCAUGAGACGGAAACGCCACAGCCUAACGACUUUCUGUCCAAAUUUUAUGCAGGCCACAAUCCGUGAGACAGACUGACUCUGUCUUCCUGUCCUGUAUUACAAAUAAAGUUCUAUAUAACAGAAAA